GGGGUGCAAAAGAAGCAUCCACCUGAGCAGUUAUUUUUAUCGCCAACCGUUCUCUAUUUUAUUUACCUUUUCAGCCUGUUCGCAGCCCAUUUAUUGGACAUUUAUUAUCAGCAGUGAUUUUCCACUGGGAUCAGUACAAAGAAAAGAUCCUGUUAGUGUAUAGGAAUUUUUGGGGUUUUUUUUACUGGGCCUCUAUCCUAUUUAGUGAUGGUGGUACGGGUGCCGCUUAUUUGACCCCACCUUAACUUAACCAAAUCUGUGAAUGACUCUCCAGCCGAGGGCUUAAUUAGCAUACCCAGCCCUAUUCAAUGAGGGUACUGUAACCAAUGAGAAAAGUUUGUGAAUGUUGGACGGUCAACACUAUUUGUGACAGGGACACAGAGGCAGUCAUAAAAGAGCUGACUAACAUAAUAGAAAACUUGCACUAACAGUAGGGUGAAUCAACAGGUAACGCUGUUGUUAGCUCGCUAAGACUGGAAAAGUUUGCUACAGCUCACUGCAUUUUGCAUUACAUUGGAGGAGGAUUUGAAUAACAAAAAAGGGCAAACUCCUUUGAAAAUCUUUUCUUUGCUCUAUAACUAUUGACAUAACUGAGUUUAUUUGGCGACACACUUUAUUAGAGCUAGCUGCCCGUUUGGAGAUCGCAAAAGGACCCUAGAAAAGUAAUCGGAACAGAGCAGUGGACAUUUAAAGCCAGCUUUCAGCGGAUCCACAGGACACCAUGGAGAAGACUGAUAUGUCUCCAGAUGGAGAGACUGUGGAGGUUUCCUCCCUGGUGACAGAGGGAGAUGAGAAUAAAGAGCGAGGAAACUGGGGCGGCAAGCUCGACUUCAUCCUCUCCUGUAUUGGGUAUGCCGUGGGCUUGGGUAAUGUGUGGCGAUUCCCUUUCUUGGCCUACAGGAGUGGCGGAGGUGCCUUUCUCAUUCCGUAUGCCAUUAUGUUGUUUUGUGCUGGAUUACCCUUGUUUUUCUUGGAGUUGUCCUUUGGUCAGUUUGCAUCUCUUGGACCCAUCACCAUUUGGAGAAUAAACCCAUUCUUCAAAGGUUUGGGAUUUGCUAUGGUGAUCAUCAGUGGCCUGGUGGCAGUCUAUUACAACGUCAUCAUUGCCUGGGCACUGUUCUACUUAUUUGCGUCGUUCACGUCUGAGCUGCCAUGGCAGACCUGUGACCAUGAGUGGAACACCCCGAAUUGUGUAACCAAGUUCAAAGGCGGCAAUGGCUCAGAAGCUUCAUCACGCUUUGGAAUAGUUACAUGGUGUAAUGCCACACUUAAUGUCACCAGCAACUGCACCGUGUACAAGCCAGUCACCCCUAGUGAAGAGUAUUGGGAGUAA